GCAUGCUAUUUGCGAUAUCUGGAAAGAAUGUGCACCGGUAUGAGGCGACUGCAGUGCCCCGCAGGUGGGCAGGCGCACUUGGCCCGUGCGCCUCGCGCCUCCCACUUCGAAUUUUGACUCGAAGAAGGUGCUACCGAAAACCUACAAGGCCCGCGCAGCUCGCCCACUACCCGCUCCCCACUUGCGCGACAAUUUUCUCGAACGUCCCGACGGCCACACCACUUCGAGAACACCGCCAACAUGUCGUCACGCUUCUUCUCGCGCGGAGACAGCGACAGCGAGAGCUCUAGCUCCGAAGAGGAGGAGCUCUACUCCGAGGAGGAAAAGUCCCAGGAGGAAGAGUCUGAGGAGGAGUCCGACGAGGACGAGUCGGAGGAGGACUCGGAUUCCGACGACGACGCACAGGGAGCCAACCGUUUCUUGAAGGGCGGCGCGAGCGAUUCCGAGAGCGAUGAGGACGAGGGCGCCAAGGUGCUCAAGAGCGCAAAGGACAAGCGGUUCGAGGAGCUGGAGGGCACCAUACGGCUGAUUGAGAACGCCGAGAAGAUCAACGAUUGGGCCGUCAUUCAAGAGCAGUUCGACAAGCUGAACCGCCAGAUCCCCGCGCUCAUCCGCCAGAACGAUGGCCGCGUGCCCAAGGUGUACAUCCAGGCCAUCGCCGACCUCGAGACCACCAUGAACGAGACGCUCGAGAAGCAGAAGGUCUCCCCCAAGAAGAUGAACGCCAUCAACACCCGUGGUCUGAACGCCGUUCGCCAGAAGAUCAGGAAGAACAACAAGGAGUACGCCAAGGACGUCGAUGCGUACCGGGCGGACAAGGACGCCUUCAUGCGCGAGGAAGUCAUCGAGGAGAAGCCCAAGACCAAGAAGAAGUCGGCUUCCACUCCAGCGCUCUCCGCACAGGACAUUGCUGAUGCGGAUGACGAUGGCUUCACCGUUGUUGACGGCCGUGGAAAGGCGGUGCAGUACACCCCAGAGAGCAUCCUCAAGCACCUGCGUUCUAUUGUGGAACAGAGAGGUCGCAAGAACACAGACCGCAUGGAGCACAUCCGCACAUUGGAGAAGCUCUUUGACGUCGCUGUGAACGACUACCAGAGAGUCCGCGUUCUUUUGACGCUCAUCUCUACGCGGUUCGACCUGACGUCCGGAACCGGUAGCCAGAUGGCACAGGAGCAGUGGAAGCUCGCACAGCAAGAAUUCAACAAGCUCCUAGAGACGCUUGAAAGCUCCAAGGAGAUUGUCGUCAUCGAGGGUGCCGAGGAGUGGGAAGACGACGACAAGCAGCCCACCAUCACCGAGGGCGAGAUCUUCAAGAUUCCCGGCAGUGUAGUGUCGUUCGUAGAGAGGCUGGAUGAUGAACUCACCAGGUCGCUCCAGCACAUCGAUCCCCACACCUCCGAAUACAUUGAUCGCUUGACCGACGAGGGCUCUCUGUACGCUUCGCUAGUCCGCGCUCUUGUGUACGUCGAGAACUUGAAGAAGAGGGCGGGAUUGAACGUGCCGCAAGAGUCCGUCAACCGCGUCAUCAUGCGACGGUUGGAGCAUGUCUACUUCAAGCCCUCCCAAGUUGUCACAAUCCUCGAGAACAACACCUGGAAAGCCCUCCCCGCCAGCGUUGACUCUGAGGUCACUCCUCGCUCCACCGCCGACGACACCGCUUCUCUCGUCCAGACGCUCUGCACAUACCUCUUCGGAAAGUCCGAAGGCAUUAUCCGUGCCAGGGCUAUGCUGUGUCAGGUCUACUUCUUGGCUCUGCAUGACCAGUACUACAGGGCUCGCGACCUGAUGCUCAUGUCCCAUCUCCAGGACACCAUCAGCAACUUCGAUGUCAGCACACAGAUCCUCUUCAACCGCGCACUGGUUCAAAUAGGUCUAUGUGCAUUCCGUGCAGGCUUGGUCUACGAGGCACAGACGUCGCUGCAGGAGAUCUGCGGCAGCAACAGGCAGAAGGAGCUCCUCGCACAGGGCCUGCAGAUGCAGCGCUUCACUCAGAUCUCUCCCGAACAGGAGCGUCUUGAGCGCCAGCGACAACUGCCGUUCCACAUGCACAUCAACCUCGAGUUGCUAGAGUGUGUCUACCUUACCUGCUCCAUGCUUCUCGAGAUCCCCCUCCUCGCACAGAUUGGCUCUUCCCCCGACAUCCGGAAGCGUGUCAUCAGCAAGACCUACCGCCGACUCUUAGAGUACCACGAGCGCCAGAUCUUCACCGGUCCGCCCGAGAAUACGCGCGACCACGUCAUGCAGGCCUCGAAGGCGCUCUCCGCCGGCGAGUGGCAGAAGGCCGCCCACUACAUCAACAGCAUCAAGAUCUGGGAGCUCAUGGCCGACUCCGAGAAGAUCAAGGAGAUGCUGUCCGCGCAGAUCCAGGAGGAGGGUCUGCGGACGUACCUCUUCACGUACGCGCCCUUCUACGACACCCUCGCCGUCUCGACCCUCGCAUCCAUGUUCGACCUCCCCGAGCGCAAGGUCAGCGCUGUGGUCUCAAGAAUGAUUUCUCACGAGGAGCUGGCGGCUGCGCUGGACCAGGUCAACAGUGCCAUCAUCUUCCGCAAGGGCGUCGAGCUCUCCCGGCUGCAGACGCUGGCGCUCAGCUUGUCGGACAAGGCGUCGGGCCUGAUCGAAUCGAACGAGAAGACGCUCGAGCAGCGGACACAGGGCACAGCGAAUGCCUUCGAGAGGCAAGGCGGCCGCGGUGGCCGUGGCGGACGGGGUGGUGGUCGCGGUGGACGAGGCGGCAUGGGCGGUCGUGGCGGAGGUGGGAGGAAUCAGCAGUUUACGGGCGGUGCGCUUGGACGCGCCAUCCAGGCGUAGAGUGCGGGUUAGUGCGUGGUCCAAAGCAAGAUGGUUGCAUUGCAUGGAACGGAACGGCAUGGAUUGAUGAAGGGAGGAAGGGCUUUUACAUGGUUGGCGUCUCUUUUUUCCAAUGUAUGACCGGACUUCACGCCCGGGUAUGGUAAUGCCGAUAUGCCACGGUACGGUAGAAGGAACGGAUUGCAGCUCAAAUUUCAAAAGUUCAA